AUGGGUUCUACCAAUGAGCAAUGGAAAGAGAUCUCGGCCAAGGCGAAGCAGAAAGUUCUGGAUGAUAUCCCUUCGGAGUGGAAGAUCCCCAAGGACAAGUUGCCCGGUGACGAUGUCUUGGAUGUCUUGGAUGUACCAGCCAAAUCUGGCAUUUUAUCUCAGCACGAGUUGGAUAUCACUGAAUCGUAUGCCACUGAUAUUGUCGCGAAGAUUGCGAAGGGGGAAUGGACGGCGGAAGAUGUCACGAGAGCGUUUUGCAAGAGGGCGGCGAUUGCUCAUCAAUUGACAAACUGCCUGACUGUCAUCAUGUUCGACGAUGCGAUCAAGCGAGCAAAGGAACUGGAUGCCAAGUUCAAGAAGACAGGCAAAGUCACCGGGUCAUUGCACGGCCUGCCGAUCUCAUUGAAGGAUAACUUCAACGUACCCGGAUAUCCCAGUUCUGUUGGAUUCUGUAUCUGGGCUCUUGAGCCGCUGAAGGUGGAAAGUACCAUCGUUGGAGUGUUGAGAGAUCUGGGUGCUGUGGCCUAUGUCAAGACUAACGUCCCUACUGCGAUGAUGAUCGCAGAGUCAGUCAACAACUGCUAUGGACGGACAACCAACCCUCUCAACCGCGCGACCACAUCUGGAGGCUCUUCGGGGGGCGAGUCGGCUCUGAUAGCCCUCCGUGGAAGCCCACUUGGAGUUGGGACUGACAUAGGAGGAUCACUGAGAAUCCCAGCAGCCUGCACGGGCAUCUUCACAAUUCGACCCUCGUAUGGCAGAUUCCCACAUUUCGAUGCAAGAUCUGGCCUCGCUGGCCAGGAAGCAGUUGGCAGUGUCCAUGGACCAAUGGCUCGCAGCAUAGCAGAUCUUCGGCUCUUCACAGAGAACGUAGCCAACUCGGCCCCUUGGCUCAAGGAUCCGAAAUGCAUCGAACUCAACUGGCGCAGUGUAGAGCUCAAGGCAAAGCCAAAGAUUGCCGUGCUCUGGGACAACGGCACGAUCACACCGACGCCACCUGUGACUCGCGCACUCAAGGAAGUGGUGGAGAAGCUCAAAUGCAAGGGCUACGAAAUCGUGGAUUGGCCCAACACGGAUCACGCAGAGGCAGUGGAACUUCUUGGCAAGUUCUUCCUCGCGGACGGUGGCAAAUCAGUCAGGAAGCUGCUCGAACCAGUAGGAGAGCCUUGGAGACCGGAGAUGGAGUUUUAUGAAAAGGCCACUGAGAUGGGAGUCUACCACCUGUGGCAGACACAAAGUCAAAGGACCGCGCUAACGAAACGAUUCCUGGAUCGUUGGAAUUCGUUGGGCAUCGAUGCCAUCCUCGGUCCAACGACACCGUAUGCAUCUCCCAAGAAUGGCGAGUUCCGGUAUGUUGGAUAUACGGGCGUGUUCAACGUUGUGGACUAUAGCUCCGUUUCGUUUCCGACUGGCAUCAGCGUCGACAAAGAGAAAGAUGUGCAGGUUGCAGAGUUCCAGGCUCACAACGAACUGGACAAGCGGACUGCACAGGAGUACGAUCCCGCGUUGUCGCACGGUCUCCCAAUUAGCUUGCAGUUGACAGGCCGAAGACUUCAAGAGGAGAAGAUCAUGGCUUUGACAGAGAAGGUGUUGGACGAUUUGAAAGCCUGA